UUUACAAAAAAACCCUCUAAUUUUUUCCGACCAAACCCGCGCUCCUCGUUCUCCUCCUCCGACAGAAGCAGCAGCUGCGCUGCUCUCCGCCGCAACUGCUUUGCUGCUCCCCGCCGUCGCAGCUCCCCUUCUGCCCCGCUCUCCCGCCGCCGCCGCUCCCCUGCUUCCCCGCUCUCCCGCCGCAGCCGCCUCCUGCUCCGCCGCCGCAGCUACCGCUCGCCUGCCUCCCCAAGCUCCCCCUUUCUCAAAAAAAAUCCUUGAUUUGGAUCCCAUGUUAGUCCAACCCACAGCUCUGCUUCGGCUGCGUCGGAACCGCCGUCGGAGAGCCUGCAGGCGCCGGAUCCGGACCACCAAUAACAACCUAAAGGCCGACGAGCAGCCGGGUGUCGUCCUCGCCGUCGACGACGACGGUGCCGCCGACGCCGCGAAGCGAGGGCGAGAUCCUCCAGUCGGUCAACGUCAAGAGCUUGCGGGCCUCCUCGCCGCCCCUGCCUCGUCGCGGGCUCGCCACACCGCAACUCUUCUUGUUCAUUUCUAUCUGGCUUGACUGGUUGCGGCGCGGGAGAAGGCCGAGGCCGCGCUCGCCGCGGGGGAUGCCGUGCGGGCGGAGGCCCUCUUCACCGAGAGCAUCGCCAUGGACUGCAUCUUGUACUGGCAGAGAAUGUGUUUGGCCGCCAAGUACUCCAUCUUGUACUGACAGAGAAUGUGCUGUAAAGGUGGGCUGCAUCUGGCCUACGGAGGCAGGUGUAAGGCGCCCUCGCAGAUGCCGAGGAAGCGAUAAGGAUAGCUCUCAAAUUUCCUCAGGAAUGGAGGAGCACAAGGAGCAGAGGAGCAACUCCUUACAGUACCUUCUUCUUCUUGAUGAACAGGAGCUGUGGCGGCAGCUGGGCAGACGAGCAGCAGCAGUAUGGGCAGAGGAGCUCCACCGGCGGGGGAGAAGCAGCAACAGUAUGGGCAGAGGAGCUCCACCGGCGGGCGCGCGGGCAGGGAAGAAGGAGCAGCACGGGCUCGUGCGGGAGAUUGAGGAGGACGAGAUGGAGAUCGAGGAGGAAGCGCGCGAACUCCUGGUCCACCGGAUCGUGGAGGCAGUUUCCGGCGAAGCCCGUAGGGGAUAGUGGCCAAGAGGGAUUGCGGCGGCGCAUGCGCGGAGGAUCGUGGCCAGGAGGAAUUGCGGCGGCGCACGCGCCGAGCUCAAGGAGUACGCGCUGGAGCUUGAGGAGGAUGUGCCGGAGCUCGAGGAGGACGUGCGCGAGCUCGAGGAGGACGUCUCGGGAGGUUCCGGUGACGCCCGCAGGUAAUUGCGGCGGAGCAGUACGUGGCGACCUAGGCGGCGGAGCAGUACCUGGCGACGAAGGCGGCGGAGCAGGUACUUGCUGAAGGUGGCGGAGCACUUCCUGGUGGGCGGCGAAUCGCGCAGCUGGGCGACGCCGGCCGCUGGCGACGGCGGAGGAGGAAGACGGGGGCGGGGACUUGUUUGAUACAGUUUUGAAACCACGAGGGUGUUUCUGUAAAACUGCGAAUGAACUGUGCUCGCGACAUGUUUUUCGGGACAGAGGGAGUACAAGUUUUUUUUAGAGAUUUUAAUAUGGAUUUACAUACAGAGCAAAAUGAGUGAAUCUACACUCUAAAUACGUGUAUAUACAUCUGUAUGUAGUCCAUGUAGAAAUUUUUAAAAGACUUAUAUUUAGGAAAGGAGGGAGUAGCAUAGAUGGGAAGGAUCACAUGAAUGUAGACGAACGAUAAAUAGACAUGAGCAAAUCCAUCAAAGGCAGAACCGUCGGAGACACACACGCCCACCGACAUUGCUAGAUGCACCACCGAAACCGGGGCUAGUCAGGAAGAACCUUAUUCCAUCAUCAGGGAGCCACCAUCGUCUCACCUUCCUGAGAAGGACACAAACCCUAACAAAAAUCAAAAACACAUCUAAAAACAAAGCUCCCUCCCCCCACCUGUAAGGGUCGGGAUCCACCGUGCCACAUGGCCCUAAGGCCAUCGGAGACAAGGUAGAGCUGGCGCAGUCCAUGAAGAUGUGGCAGCAGUCCUACUUCUACGUCGAGAACGUGGAUCCGGCUGCCGACUUCCUCAAUCUGCCGGCUUACGAGGCCGGCCCUCCCACCGGGCUCCGGCCUAACUGGGGCUACAAGCCGAAGCCAGUGACGCCAGACGCAGCGGCCGCCAUCGGCCGACUUCGGGUGCUCCAGGAGUCGGAGGGCCUCGUGGCCUCUGACCUCCUGAUUGCCUUCGUCGAGCGCCGGGUUCUCCCGCUCCAGAGCCGCCCUCAUCUGAUCUUCCGGAUGAGCGUGCACCGCGACCCCAGCCGGCUGUGCACGAAGCAGAUGCCGACUGUUGAGGUCGCGUGUAUGGUGAAUGAGAUCUCCAACCUCAAGGUGUUGGAGGUGGAGUGGCGGUACAGGAAGCGGCCGUACUCGCGCGACGAUCCGCCGCCUGCCAUAAGUUUUCUUCACCUCUUCCUUCUGAUCUGUUUUCUUCAGCCUUGUUCCUAUCGUGAUGCAACUCCUUUCUGGUCGUAGAUUUACAUGUCCGCGGCGACGGCCACCCUCCUAGGCCGGGUGAUGACUGCCUGUCGGACAGGGCGGUGAGCGACUUGGAUGAUCCCGACUUGGGGGCGGCCGCCCUGGCGGACAACACAACAGGCGGCGGUGGCGGAGCAAGCGGCUCCGAGGAGGGCGGCGGCAUGGAGACUUGGCCCGACGACGAUGAUGAUGAAGACGAGCCGCGCCCCGCCCGGAGCACUGCCAACACCGGCGCAGGACUCUCUACUAGGCCGCCCGCCCGUGGUGGCAAGAGCAGGCAGAAGCAGGGCGCUGCCCUAUUUGGCAGCGCCCCAAAGAAGCCCAAGAACCCGACCAUAGCGACCAGGCGGAAAGAAGUCGCGGCCAAGGUGGCCAAGUAUCAGAGGCAGCCGAAGGUGCCCGUCAUGGUGUCGGCGGCCCCGCUGGUCCUCGAGAAGUCGAGCGCCGCCUCGGUUGUCAGGUCGGCGGCGACCUCCUCCACCAGCCGGCGAAUUGACCCGGCCGCCGACCUCCGGGAGACGACAGAGCGGAACGCGUGGGAGGCGCGUAAAGAAGAGGCUGACCAUCUGGCCAAGGAGCAGGCGGGCAAGGCCGCCGCGUCUGCUAAGAGGGCGCUGGCGCAGGCGGAGGCUGAAGCCACAGAGAAGGAGCGGCUCGCGGAGGCCGCACGCCGCCAAGAGCCGCUGCUCGUGACGCUCCUGAACACUGCGCCGCCUCCACCUUAGUUUGUGGCGAUGGCCGGAGGAGCCGGCGACGAUCAUCCGAUCCGGGAGCGGGAGGGCGGCGACGUAGCCAUGCCGGACGUCUUUGUGCCGCCGCCGCCACCGCUGCCGCUGCCAGCCAGCGGGACGCAGGACGAGUAGCCGGCCGCACCGUCGGUGCCACCGAUCGAGGACACGGUGGUGACGGACCUGAUUCCUGAGGUCCGCACACCCGCGCGUCGCCGCCUUGAGAAGGCGGCCUCAGCGCCGCAGCCGCAGGAGGUCGGUGCCACGAGCUCAUUGGUCCCCGACACCGAGGCAACCAGCACCGCGCCCAUAGGCUGGAUACGCGGGGGCGAGACGGGCGCCCUGAACCAGGCGUCCCUUGACGUCUAGGCCAAGCUCCGGGCCGAAGCCGAAGCCCUCAGGCGUUGCAACGAGGCCUUCCUGGAGUCGCGGGCUUCCAUCUGCGACUAUCAUAAUCUUUGCACUGUCUCCUUCAACUCCAGGGUUCGGGAGCUGGAGACGCAGACUGCCCAUCUGACCUAGAGCCGGAAGGCCAACGCCGCCUUGCAGCAGCAGCUGGGCGAAGCCAACUCCGCUCUGUGCGGCAAGGAGGCGGAGUGCAGCAAGAUGACCGAGGAGCGGGACCGGCUAGUCACCAAGCUCGCCGAGCAGACGGAGGCUCUCAAGACGGCCCAGCGGGAUGCGAAGGCGAAGGAGGCCGAUCUCCUUGCCGAGUUUGAAACCGAGCGCGCCGCCUGGGCCGACAAGGAGGCGCAGAUGACGGCCUGCUUCAGCAACAUCGAGGACCUGGUCGACGAUUUCUUUCCGGGUCACUCCGUCGCCGCGAGCCAAGCCAUCGAGGCCCAGUGCGAGGAGCGGAGGGCGGAAGGCGCGCAGAUUGCCGUUGACGCCCCUCGGACCCUUAAUGAGCAGAUCCUCAGCAUCCAGGCCCGACUUUGGCCCGCCCAUCAAGUGGUGUGCCGUCUUCAGCGCGUCGGGGCCCAGGAGAUUGCCGCCCUCUGGCCAGGCCUGCCGGCUCUGUGCACUCCAAGCCGGAGCGCCGACUGGCUGGAGGUGGCGGCCGACUGCCUGGAGGCGUGGAAGGGCUCUAUAGCCCAGGCAGGAGCGUGCCGCGCCCUUGAGUUCGUCAUGGCGUGGUAUCCUAGGCUGGACUUAGCCCAGCUGGACAUGUUCCGGCUAGAAGCGCAGGAGGAGCUAGUAGCGGUGGAGGCCGAACUUGUUAACAGGGCGGCGGCGGUCGCCGACUUCACCGACACCAGCAUCUUCGUUCCGGAGGUGGUCGAGGAAGGCGGCGAAGCCCCGCAAGAGUGGCUCGGGCUGAACCCAGAGGACAACAAGGACUCGGCCGAAGUCAUCGACUCCAGCGAUGAAGGAGAGGAGGGGGACGAGGAGGAGGAUGAGGAGGAGGAGGAGGAGGAAGAAGACAUCGACAUCGACAUGUCGGAGGCUGGUGCGGAUGGUCAGCCCCACCCCGACCGGGCGUCAAGCAACGACCCGCGCUCCAAAGCGCCGACUGCUGCUGGAGGCGGCCAGGUGGUGACCGACCAGUCGCCCGUGCCUCCGACAGAUGCCACCGACUCUGUCAUCCAGCCCUCCAUCACCCAGACUGGCAUUGCCGACUCCAGCGCCCAGCCAGAGCCGCCUGUCGCGCCAAUCGGCGCAGCUGACACCGUCGUCCGGCCAGAGCCGCCUGCUACACCAACUGGCACCGUCGACCCCAACAUCCAGUCGGAGCCGUCUGCUGCACCAACCGGCACUGCCGACCCCAACAUCCAGCCGGAGCCGUUUGCUGUGCCAACUGGCACUGCCAACCCGAGCGCCCAGCCGGAGUCCUCCGCCGCUCCUUAGGGAUUUUAUCUUUUUUCUUUUCCUGCUUGCUAUUCUGAACACUUUUGUUAAAUUCGCACAAUUCCACCCGCUGGGUGUAUUUUAAACUUUGCUGAAUGCCGGCCGAUCGGCCUUUAUCUAUGUAAAUAUUCUGUCGCAGCUUUA